GCAGUGUAACCAUCUGCCAGUAUGCUUUUGCAUUAGAUUAGACAACAAUUCACACCUCUGUUGUGGAUAUGAGUAGAGGCUGCUAUUUUUAGUAAACGUGGACAAGGAUUUUGUAUCAGUAACCCCCUUUGCUCACCCCCUAGGUUCUUGGGGCCCAUGUGGCACAUGAUUCCUGAAAGGUUCUGAGGAUGUUGCUAAAGGAAAACUCAGGUUAUUUGCUGAGCAUAGGGUAACAAAGACUUGUUUUUAAACCAAUUAUUUGCUUAAGCAUGUUUUUCUUUCAUUGCAUGAACUGCAUUCAUGACAUAACUCGUGUCCAUCAGCCCCCUCCCUUUGCAAUUUAAAAGUUUUCAACUUAUUGGAUCAACAUAGUUGGUAAGACACUAUGUUCGUGGUUUCACUAGUGAGUUUUAUUUUGUCACCUGCACAUCACGUUGUAGCUGUUUAUGUUGAUGGCAAGCUGUUGAUGCUUUAUGCUCCUUUCUGUCCUGGCAUUUAGAAUAUUCACUUGGUGCUGUAAUGUCCCAGUAUUCAUACUUGUUCCUUCUUAUCCGAAAUUUCAGCUAGUCCAUUUCUUAUCCAUGCAAAAUAAAAGGGCAAUUUGUUGAAGCUUGGUUGUACUGUUUUCCUAAAAAAAUUUUUGGCGAAUUUAUCUAUUGAUUAUGGGACUUGUUUCUGUCAUCUUAAUGAUUAGAUAGCUUUCAGCAAGUUGAUUAGUUUAGCCAGUUACAUGGAAGGGACUUCUAAACUAAAGGAAAGGUGUUCCAGUUUAAAAAGGCUUUCAAGUUAUACUGAAUAGAUGAGACGGUUGAGGCGUUGAGCAAUCAUCUUGUUGUAGAUUGCUUGACAGAAAUGGAUAUAGCCUUGAGUUGAUGUGAUGGUUGGGAAUGGAUUCCAUGGUCUUGUCUCAAUUAUUGAUGGUAAAAGAAGGUAAAGUUAGUGUCGAAUAUCAGGAACAGGAAUAGUCUUUUCUUAGUUGCAGGAAUCAAUAGUUACAUGGCAAUAAAUAAGCAUAAGUUCAGAAUGGUGGGCACUAUUCUCUACAUGUCAAACAUCUGUUUAUUUACAUCUGCACUCAUCUUUGCUCAGAAUCUAGUAAGUGCUGAUUUUAAGUUUUGCUUUUCUUUCAAUAUAUUUGCUAUGGCUUGACUUGAUUUUGUAUAUGCAAUAUUCCAUCACACGUGUGUGGAUAGCGCUGGAAGUAGGCAAGUAGCCAGCACAAUUUCUCAAGUUAGUGUGAUAAGCUGGAUUGCUGGCAUGGGAUUAGAUUUUCUGCCUUUUGUCAUAGAUAUGAUUGUGGUUUUGCAACGAGGGAAAGAAAUGGGUGCUAUGUUCCCCUUUCAAAAAUAGGCCUCUGUCAUUCAGCAGUUAACCAUAGCUUAGCUGGAUCGAUUCAAAAUGUGCCAUGGAAACAGAGAACACUUUUACUGACCAUUAACAUUUGCUUGUCUGAAUGCUAUACUGAUCCCCUGAAAUUCCAUAUUAAUGUCACAACCUUUUAUUUUAGAACAUUUCUCAAAAUAUUCUAAUCACCGCUACAAAGACUAGUGCAUACCAAAUUUCCUAAGUACAAGAACACCAAGAAGUGCACACUCCUCCAUCCCAUGUCUCAAAAGAUGUUGCCAAGGCAGGCAGAGAUGCAGGGCAAAGGAGGCAUUCAAACUCCCAUAAUUCUUUUCCCUUUAAUGGCUUUCUCUUCUUUUCUUUUCUUUAACUCCCCUCUUCUUUCUGGUUUUACGUGAUUCCCAUGUUCUUCCGGCCAAAGUGCACCAAGAAUCAAAGGCACAAAGAUAGCUCAACCCUCGGUUUCAGCAUCCCCUCCAAACUUCACUAUAAAUACCCCUGCACAUAGCACCUUGCUGCAUCACCAUUUCACUUCACAGCACUCCUUGUCCUAGGCCCCAGAAACACAAACGGACGCUCUUUGUUUAGGCAAGAUGAACAGGAAGCCUGGAGACUGGGACUGCAGGGCUUGCCAGCACCUCAACUUCAGCCGGCGGGACCUAUGCCAGCGCUGUGGUGAGCCACGUGGAGCUGCUGAUCGUGGCAGCGGUGGUGGAGGUGACUAUGCCAACUUCGGUGGCCGCGGUGGCUCCUCCUUCGGCGGUGGCUUUGGUGCUGGCUCUGAUGUCCGCCCUGGUGACUGGUUAUGUUCCUGCGGCGCGCACAACUUCGCCAGCCGCUCCAACUGCUUCAAGUGCUCUGCCUUCAAGGAGGAGGCUGCUGUCAACAGUGGUGCUGGUGGCUUUGAUGGUGACAUGUCACGCUCUCGCUACGGCUUCGGUGGCGGUGCUGCCCGCACCAACCGCCCUGGUUGGAAGUCUGGAGACUGGAUCUGCACCAGGUCCGGAUGCAACGAGCACAACUUUGCCAGCAGGAUGGAAUGUUUCAGGUGCAACGCACCACGGGACUCCGGUAGCGCUGCCAUGACCUACGAUACUUAUAACUUGCACUGAGGUGUAGGAUCGGAGCUGAUGCUUCGAACGGACCCCGACGAGCAGAAGCAGCAAGAAGAUGAGUCCCUCAAGCUGAUAAGAAGAGUAGUAGAUUUGCAAAAGGCGUCCCCGAUGCUCUAUUACUAGUUUUGUUCCACCCCUACCGUUUCCUUUUAGAAUUUGGUUCUCAUCUCAUUCGCAUCUGGGACAGUACCCCCUCGGACCCUAUGUUUGCUGUUUUAUUCCCGUUGUUUCCCGCAAUGUUUGCGCUUUGCAUCGAGUCAUGUGAUGUAACCCCAAAACGCUUGCUUCACAAGUAUUAACUAGUACUGUUGCUUCUUAAUAUUU